AUGGCUACGAAGACGAAAACUUGGUUACGGCCACUCGCCGGCGUGUCGGCCCUGAUCACGGCAUCACUCAUUCCGUCCCUGUGUGCUGGGGCGACUGGGACUGAGCACACUGUGCAGGCCACACAUAACGAGCAACUCACAAUGGGGAGCGACGAGAUACUGACCGGCACUUUACCGUCACUGCACUUGCUGAUGAAGCCGAUCUUCAACGAGUCUACUCAAGGGCCGGACGGGCGACCGGAGCCUAUCGCAAUCAAUAUUACCAUGAAACUUCGUGUGCCGAGGGACCGAUUCGGAGCUGACACACCUCUACUCUCACUGCCUCUGAUGGUUGCCAAGACACCUACAGCAAGUUAUGGUGACGAUAAUCCUCUUACCGCUAGCGUCAAUAAUGGUGACUUCCACCAGCUGGAGUAUUUUGAUGAUGAUCGCAUUACUGCGAUCACAGUCAAGUUCACCGCCCCUUACCGGAGGACAGAUGAGAAGACCUUGCCUGGGCCAAGGAUCGAUCUAAGAAGGGAUGUCACCGGCGGCGGACUGGUAGGCCAGGGUGAGGGGUUCAUCCCCAUUCCACCUCCUCCAUCAAAGGAGAAAGGCAAAAGGGAGACAUGGCAGUCAACGGUAGAAUGGGAUCUUGCCGACGCACCCUCAGGCGUUCACGGAGCGUGGUCCCUCGGCGAUGACCACGUGUCCAGCGCCAUCGGCACAAUGGAAUUCACCAUUACGCACGCCAUCUUCGCAGUAGGAUACCUGCGGCGCUCCCCAGAGUGGGACAUUGAUACCACUUCCUGGUCUGGGGAGGACAGCGGCAACACUUUCGCAAUGUAUUGGUUUGAUCCCUCACCUUACGACAUGGUCGACCUCGCAAAGUCCACGCGCGCCAUAUACGCUCGCAUCGCCGCGUACUUUGACAACUCUACCGACCCAUUCCGCGUCUUCUUCCGGCAGAUAGAGGCCAACUCAGGUGGGACCGGCGCAUCGUUCAGCUUCAUGGUCGAGUACUCUCUUCUGUCGGUGGACCAGACGGACGAGCACGCGCUGGCAGACCUGAUCGCGCAUGAGACCGUGCACGAGUUCGCGCUACUCGACGAGGCGCUCCCUGGUGAGAGCCCUCCCGAGUGGCAGGAGGACGAGGCUGCAUGGUAUGUGGAGGGCGUGGCCUCGUAUGUUGGCGCGCUGGCUGGAUUGAAUGACCCAUUUAGGAGGAAGUGGAUGGUGAAGAGCAUGAACAACUAUGCGCAAGCCUACUACACUUCGCCCGUGGUGAGGCUGCCGUAUGAUGACGUGCUGUCGAACUACUGGGAUAGCGUGGAUAUUACUCGGGUCAGUUAUUAUAGGGGUUUGAUAUUCCUGGCAGAGCUAGAUGGGAUGCUCUGGAGCAAAUCACAAGGUAAGAGGUCGAUGGACGAUGUGAUCGUGGACCUUUACAAGCUGCGGAGAGAUGGCCAACCCUGCAGUUUGAUGGCACUGAAGGAGAAGGUGGCUGGACUAAUCGGACAGGAGAAUCUUGACCGAAGCUAUGAUGCCAUGUUCAAGGGCGAUCUGAUAGUCCCGUCAGAAGAAUGUCUUGAGAGGUAUGGGCUGAAACUUGUCAAGAUGAAAUGGCACAAGUUUGAGCUCGGCUUCGAGACGCAGUCAAUGAGAGAGUUCAAGGUUCGCGGGUUGGUUCCUGGAUCGGCGGCAGAUAAGGCAGGGGUGAAGGAAGGUGACGUCAUUGUGAAAGGAUUUAUGGUAUGGAUAGUUGAAGAUGAGCUGGAUGUCCCGAUGAGGAUAGUUGUGUUGAGAAACGGGAAAGAAGUGCAAAUCGAAUGGUGGCCUCGGAGUGACGAAGUCGUUGAGGCUUACGGGUGGGUUGACGACCGAGACCCAAGUGGUCUUUAUGAGCUUUGA